GCAGGGUAUCCGGAUAUCCUUCUUGCGGUGGCGAUGACCGACAAGAUCGGCGGCGACUUUGCCUUUGACGCGACCGCCCACGGCAAUGAGCUUCAGGUGACACAGGACGACGCAGGCUCCACCGUCGCAUGCGUGGCCGCCAGCGACGGCCGCUGCCACAUGGCAGUCGCGGCAACGCCGUUCGGACCGGUGUGGGCCGUCCAUUUCGAGAUUCUUGCAAGCCACGAGGGUAUUGCGAUCGGAGUUGUCAGUGGCCAAAUCCGCAAAGGCGUCGGGCUCGGCAAGGUCCGCGACUGCGACGGCCAUGGCUGGGGCUUGGCCUCCAACGGCGACUUGUGGCAUGCCGGCGACGUUGUCGCGACACACAUGGCCUUUGAGGCCCACGAUAUCUUGAGUGUUGCGCUGGACCUAAAUAGCAGUGGGCCAGCCGGGCCUGGCACGCUCGUCUUCUACCGCCACCGGCACUACGCAGAGACGAUCAUCGUUCAAGCGUUCUCCGGGGUCCGCGCCUACUACGAGAGAGCUUGCGACGCACUCUACCCUGCGGUGCAUCUGCAGCACGCCGGCGAAGCAGUGCGCUCAAUUGUCGGCGCCGAUAUCGUUCUACCACCGGUGCAUGAGCUCCACGGUGUACACGACGUGCGCAUCAAGAUACCCAGCGCUGUGACGCGAGCGUCCUUGCCGCAUCUUUGGAAUGCGUCCCGCGCCGUCGAUCAGCACGACACGCUUAUUUCGCUGCUACCGUCCCUUCUCGAGCUCCUGCCGACCGCGGACGACGAUGGUUUCGACCACGUGCUCGCCGUGCUCUGCAACCUCCUUCACCGCACGUCAACUCCGCCUUUGCUUCCGUCGCCCAGCAUCACAGCUCUCUACGACCGCAUUCCUCAACAGACAUCGUCGACGACCUUGCCGUGGGUGCUUUUGGCGCUCGAACCGCAGCAUCCGCCCUCGAUCCACGUCGUUCCAAGUCUAUGGACCGCCUUGGCGUCGGCGCUGUCGCCGUAUGCGCAGCAAGCGUACGUCGCGCUGCUCCUUCGCCUUGCUCUACGACUCUCGAUCGACGAGAUGAUGCUGCCGCAAGAGCUGCACCCACCGGUGUACCCACAUCUACAGGCCGCAUGGGUCUGGCUCGUGCACCGGGUUGCGUCCGUCGCCCCUACAGACGCGCCACUCGUACGCGCGUUUCGCACCUUUGACCCCAGCUGGCUGCAAGCGGCGCUGCUCGCCGAGACAGCGCGGCUGCCUCACGUCGCGGUACGGACGGCCUUGGCGGCCAUUCAGCGCCAGGCGUGCGACGACCUCCAGAGGGUCGGGCAAUGCGAUGUCGAGUCGCCCGUGCCGCCCGCUCGUCCCUACACACCCGCCAGAGCCAUGUGGCUCGAGUGCACGGAGCUGCUCUACUGCCGAGACGCCCGCGGCCUCGUCGCUUCUUAUGCUCGAGCGAUGGCGGAGCUUCGCAGUGUGCUUUUAUUCCAACGACGACUCCUCGACGAAGUUGCUAGCAGGCGGCGGCAGUGGGUGCUCCCCAACGACGAGACGCCGGUCGUGUACGCCGAAGCCCCGAUCAUAGCGAGACUCUUGCACGCGGCGCCGCGGCUGCUCGUGCCCAUUCUAGAACACGCAGGGUACCUCGGCGCCGCACCGCACCGUCCGAAAGCCCAUGUGCAAAGCAUGGCACAUGUGCUGGUUUGCUCGCUCCUCCGCCAGCAUGCGCUUCCCAACGCCGUCGCAGACCUUGUCACUCGCAGCGGCAGCGACUCGAUUCUGAGCCGCGCGCUGCUCGACGCCUUCCUCGCGACGGUCGACAUGACCUUUUGGCGCUACGAGCUUCGGCCCAUUAUCAACUGGUUCCUCACGACUGCGCAUGCGGGCACUGACGACGAUGACGUUUUGCUCGAGUACGUUGCGUGCAGCCUUGCGUUGCGCAUGGCCAAGGCACUGGAGCAGGACAACUGCCCAGCGGGUGUGCGCGCGCUCCUCGUCGCGCUCUCGACAUCUGACGCGGUCGUCAACGUCGUUCUUCAAUGGGUGCAGCUGUGGAUCGACGCCCCCGAAUGGUGGUGUCGCCCGACAGAGUACACGCCAGUGCAAACCGCGCGGGCCCAGUCGCUUCUCUCCCACGUCGUCACAUCGGGGCACCUUCGCUUGGCGCUGCUGGACGCCGAUCUUCCGUCGCAUCUUCUUGUGGCCACCCGCAGCGACGAUGCGAGUGUCGGCGACCAAGAGGAAGCGCUGACAUUUUGCGCACUGUACGGCGUCGAGAUUGUCCAGCUCCUCAAUGCAGCCACGAGUGCCCUCAUGACAUGGGUGCCAACGACGCAAGUCGACACGGCGCGGCGUGAGGAGCUUCAGCGCCUCUUGCAGUCGCCCAUGGACGAUGGCCCGAGCAUUGAAGUCAUUGUGAGCGCCAACCCGCUCAUGAUGACGCUGGUGGCAUCACAGUCCGUGCCCCUCGUGUUGCCGCGCUUCUCACGGCCAAUCGAAGCCAUGCUCACCAAGGUACUCGCGCUGCUUCAAUCGCCAGCAUGGACGACGCUGGUCACAGCCACGAUCAGCACGCUACCGUCGUCGUCGCCAGCGUCGCUGCUCUGGGAAAAGUUGCUCGCUGUCUGUCCGGACGGAGCGUUGCGCGGUCACCUCUGCGACUUAAUUGACACGAGCCGACUCGCCGACACGAGCAUCGACGCGUUCGUGCGUGGGCUGCAUGCGGUGGCGACGUUCCAGGCGUCGCAGCGGACCUAUAUGGCGUCGGCGACCGUGGCGGCAUCGGUCGUCACGGCGCAGCUUCGACCGGCGAACGACGUGCUUUCGGUCCGGCUCUGGGAAAGCCGAUUUUAUCACUUUGUGCGCCUCCCGAUGAUCGAGGCCAUUGCGCGUGAGGCGCGCGCGACGCUCAAAGCCACGGAGCUCGCCGUAUGCCAUUGCCGCUUCGGUCUCAACACGCUCUCGCAGUGCCACGGCUGCGAAAUCAAGUGGAGCUCGUUCGAGACGAGCGUCGCCGGCAGCUGGCUCCACGUCCAGCUCCAGCUGUCGCAUAGCUUGAACGCUGCGUUUCGUGUGCUACUGACGUCCCACCAAACCCUUGUCAAGUACUUUGUCCCGGAUGCUCUGGCCACUGAUUCGUCGACAACGCACCCGACGACGUCGGUGUUUUCGCUGGUUCAGAUGGCGCCGCGGCAUUUGCCACCGAUGGCCGCUGCCGGGUGGCACGACCACGUGCUUCUCGACCGACUGCACGCAGCAGAGUCGCCGACGUGGCGCGACUGCCUCUUCCUCGCGGCACUCCUCCCGUCGCGACCGCUCUUGUGUCCGAGCGUCGUCCAGGACGCUGCGCUCUACGAUCAACUCGUCUUGCUCGAACGCCUCGUGCCGAGCGACGUCGGCUUGGUCGACGAUGCGGUGGCCGUGCGCUAUUGGACGCUGCAGUUGCAACGCGCGACAAUGCCGACGCUCUUGCCCGAAACGGCGCGGCGGCGACUGCGAGCCUUUGUCCGGCACGUGCCCCCGCAUCUGCUGGCGUUCUGCGUGGCCAAAGCUCGGCCCCGAAGUCUCUUUUCGGUCGUCCGUAACUGCUACAUUUGGGUGACGCUGCACGCGUCAAGUGUGUCGUUUGCAUCAUUCCUUGCCACCGAGGGGUGGCACCCGUUGUUGCUCGCGGGGCUCCGGACGUUCAGCGAAAAGGGCGGCGAGUGGGCCGUGCGCAUGCACGAGCGGCUUCAGCGCCACACGCUGGCUCGGUCGCUCCUCGACGAGACGUUGCGCGUCUGCCCCCUGCAGCGGCUCUGCGCGGUGCUGGACAUUAGCGCGGCGUUCGAGGACCGCCUCGUGCUUGCUGACCAAGGACAUGUGGCGGUGCAGAGUGCGCUACUGAGCGCACCGGUGCCAUGGCUCGAGCUCGUGCUGCAUUGCGAAGGCGACCCGAUGCUGGUGCAGCAUCUGCUCGACGGCGACGUUGCAGCACUGCGCGACACUGAGCUCCGUCAGCUCUUGCGCGUGGUGCCAACGAUAGGCGGUCGCUUUCUCUGGCUGCUGGUUAAACCGCUCGUCAUGGAGCUUGUCCGACGCGAGAGCAGCGUCGCGCCUGGGAUACGAUGCGUGCUGCGUCAUCUGACCUGUAUCGAGCGUCUCGGGUAUGCCUCCGGCUUUGAUGUCGCGACGACCGACGACGAGACCCUCUCGGGCGACUUGCAGCGUCUCCAGAUCAAGCACGACGCAACGUCCUACACCGACCACUAGCCUGACCGAACAACCAAGGGUUAGGGACUCGAACUAGUAUUCUAAACAACACGAGUGCCCACAGGAUACUUGAAGUUUAGAUA